AUUUCAUGCAUUUCUUCGAGUGUAAGAACUCUAUAAAAGACUCAUUCUCACAUCAUUGGUUUGACCACAAUUAAUCCUACUCUCAACACACACAGAAAAAUGUUAAUGGCAAAGCUAGCCGUCCCUCUUCUAAGUCUUUUCUUCUUCCUAUCUUUUACCUCUUCUCAGGCAGCUCUUCCCCUCCAAGCACCGAUUCAGAAGGACCGCUCAACUAGCCAAUAUGUCAUCACUGCAUACCUACAAACCCCUCUCAAGCUCACCAAAUUGCUCUUGGACCUUGGCGCUACAUUCACCUGGGUAAAUUGCGACGACUACACUUCCUCGACUUACCAACAUGUCCCCUGUAACAGUUCCAUCGCUAGUUUACUUGGCGCUUAUACUUGCUUGGACCUUUGCGACGGUCCGCCAAGUCCAAAUUGUGGUAACAACUCUUUCCUCUUCCUCCCUGAUAACCCCAUCAAACCUGUUGACUACAGAAAAGUUAAUGGCCUCAACACUGCCCUUAUUGACUCCUUCGCCUUGCCCAACACUCAAGGUUCUCUUACUUUGAUCAACAACUUCAUCUUUUCUUGUGCUCGAACUGGUUUUCUCAAAGGCCUGGCUAAAGGUGUCACUGGCUUAGCGGCCUUGGGGGACUCAAAUAUAUCUAUCCCGAUACAGAUCAAUAAAGUCUUCUCUUCUUCUCCGAAUUGUUUUGCCAUCUGCUUGUCAGGAUCCAAAUCUCAACCUGGCGUGGCUCUUUUUGGUAGCAAUGGGCCUUAUAAUUUUUUGCCAGGGAUUGACCUCUCAAAAUCACUUCUUUACACUCCUCUCAUUUUGAACCCGCUUGGAAAAGAUUCUGAACUAGAUAAACCCAUACCCUCUUCUGAAUAUUAUAUAGGGUUGACUUCCAUGAAAGUGAACGGAAAGAUGGUGGCUUUGAACAGAUCACUAUUGGCCAUUAAUGGUAAGACUGGUUCUGGGGGGACCAAGAUCAGCACUGUUGUGCCAUACACGAAGUUACAGAGUUCUAUUUACAAGGCUUUAAUUUUGGCUUUUUUGAAGGAAGCAGCUUCAUCUGCUUUCAAUCUUACUACAACAAAGCCUGUUAAGCCAUUCAGUGUCUGCUACCUUGCGAGUGCUGUUAAGAACACACAAAUGGGACCCGCUGUACCAAUAAUAGAUCUUGUGUUGGAUAGACCAAAUGUGGUUUGGAAGAUUUUUGGAUCGAAUUCUAUGGUGAGGAUUACGAAGAAAAGAGUUGACCUUUGGUGCCUGGGUUUUAUGGAUGCUGGGGUCAAUACAAAGGUAUCAAAUUGGAUUGGAGGUCCAUCUAUAGUGAUUGGAGGCUAUCAAUUGGAGGAUAACAUGCUAAAAUUCGAUCUACAGUCAAAGAAAUUGGGAUUCAGCUCAUCAAUUUUGUCAGUAGGGACAAAUUGUGCCAAAUUCAAAUUUUCCACCAAAUGAUUGUAAACUGAUGAUGUGUAAAUAACAUCAUGUUCGUUAUGCGUUCUUGGAUA